AUGUUCUCAAGUGAGAACCUGAAAAAAGUGGGAAAAACUAUUUCAAAGUUCUUCCUCUUCAAUGCAAUAUCAUUCAAUGCAGCUGAUAGUGGGCCUUACUAUCAAUCAAUGAUUGACACUAUUGAGGAUGCAAGCCCAGGAAUAAAGGGCCCUACAGGAUAUCAAGUUGGUAGUUCUUAUUUGGAGGAGGAGGUUCAAGAGGUUGACAUUUAUAUAUUCUCGAUGAAG